CAAGAGAUUUCGAGAGGGGAGUAGGAGGCUCCCAAAGCCGAAGCGUACUCAGAGCCUGUUCCAGCUUCUGUCGGAGGUGAGAGGUCGACAUCUAGCGCUGUUGCAAGCUGAGCGGCUCGAGUACAGGCGAGGGAAUACCGAAAGCGAGCGAAGGAGUGAGAGAGAGACGAGGUAUAGUAUAGCUAGCUAUACGACGUACGCCAUGGAAAAUAUUAUGGAAGCUACUAGAAGAAGCGUUCUCGAUCUCAUGAGUGCUGCUGGUACUACUAUGAGUCAGUAUACCGUCGCCACAGCAUGCAUCGUUAUACUAGUUGGUAUGUUGAUAUUGAAGAGCGUACUGGGAAACAAGCUCCGACUCCCGCCUGGACCUCGAGGAUUGCCCAUGAUCGGACACCUUCACUUGCUCGGCACUGCUCCUCACCAAACUUUACUGGCAAUGUCCCAAAAGCACGGCCAUAUUAUCCGAUUGAAUUUCGGCGUGUACCCGACAGUGGUCGUGUCUUCCCCGGACCUGGCCAGGGAAGUCCUGAAAACUCAAGACCAGCACCUGGCCUCUCGGCCCACCUUUGAAUCUGGCAAAAUUUUGGCCUACGACAACCAGUCGACGUCACUGAGGCCCUACGGAGAUAAAUGGCGAAUGAUGCGCAAAAUCAUGUCCACCGAGCUCCUGUCUGGCAAGCGAAUCGAGCAGUCGCAGAAAAUCAGGACGGAAGAACUCCGAAACACCGUGGAAGAUAUCUUGUCCGACGGCCACAACGGACAGCUCGUGGACAUCGAUGCAAAACUAACGGCACUGGUACUCAAUCAGACAACUCGGUUUAACUUCAGGAGGAGAUACUACGGCACGAAGCGUACGGAUGUGGCCGAGGGAGCCGAAGCCUUCCAGGAUUUGGUGAAAGUGAUCGGCGGGACGAGUUUCUUCUUCCCCGGAGAAUUCUUCCCCUUCUUGAAGUUCCUCGACCUCGGAGGCGUCGAGAAGAAAAUGCGCAAGCUGGCCCACCAGGCCGACGUCUUCUACAGCAGCAUAUUGGCCAGCCACCGCAAUCCCGAUGGCAGCUACAUUCCCAAAGACUCCGUGGACAUGGACUUCGUCGAUGUGCUCCUGGCUUUUCAGAGGGACAACACGAACGAAUUUUUCAUCUCCGAUGAUCAGAUCAAAGCCUCGAUUCAGGACGUGAUCAUAGCGUCGUCGAGCACGAGCUCCGCAUCGAUGAUCUGGGGGUUGGCCGAGCUCAUGCGGAACCCUGGAGUCUUGAAAAAGGCUCAACAGGAGCUGGACGAGGUUGUGGGCAGGGAGAGAGUGGUGGAGGAGGGGGACCUCGCGAGGCUGCCAUACCUGCGAGCGAUGGUCAAGGAGACAUUCCGCCUGCACCCGGUGCUGCCGCUGCUGCUGCCGCACCAGUCGGAUGUCGAUGUGAAAAUCGGCGGGUACGACAUCCCCGCAGGCACCAGAGUCAUGGUGAACACCUACGCCAUCGGCAGAGACCCCAGUAUCUGGAAAAGCGCCCUGGAUUUCACGCCCGAGAGGUUUCUCGGGAGCUCCAUCGACGUCAAAGGCCAGAACUUCGAGCUCCUGCCCUUCGGUGCAGGACGCAGGAUGUGCGUAGGCUUCAACCUGGGCCUCGUCACCGUCGAAUACGGCUUGGCGCAAAUCCUCCAUUGCUGCGACCUGCAGCUCCCCGAAGGCAUUAGCCCCAAAGACGUGAACAUGGACGAGCAAUCGGGAGCAUCAGUCACCAGAACGCAGACUCUUAUGCUCCGCGUGAGUCCACGCUUGCCACCCCAUGUGUACGCCAAGGCCGGCAUGCAAAUCUAAGCCAACAGUGUGUCCUCUACUCCCGAUCUACAACUUUCUCCGUGCGUGGACUAAUUUGAGAAGAUCGGCAACCGAGCACUGCUGCAGUUGAGCAGUGAGCUUAACAGUAUUGUCUGCAGGAAGGAUAGGCAAGGUUACAGAUCUGGGCCACAUGAAACAGCGAACGCGUACCCCGUGCAUUUUCUUCCCACUGCACUGGGGCGCCAUUGAUUCAUUGGAAUUGUCUAGGUGAGAAAUUUGCAGCAUUUGAAAAUUGUGAGACGAAUAAGAGUGUAGUCAGAUGGAUGCAGAUGACUAAAUUCAUCUAUAAAAUGUGCCUAGAAAAACAAGAGACGAUACCUCGCGCCGUUGGUCUAGCCACGAGGCGAGUGUCAGGAGUAUGAUGAUGAACAAGUAGCACAAAAGUCAAGCAGCAGGGAUUGGAAGAUAACAUGGACGAAGACACGAUGGCCACAUGUACAUAAUUGCAUGGCUGCUUAGUAGAAACGUUACAUCUUGAGAGCCGCUUGUGGCCGGUGAUUAAUCACAAAAUUUAGCUCGCAGGGAAUCGAUCUGACCUUCUUAGCUAAUUAUAUGUCCGUAGGAACUCAGAAGCGGCGGUCAUCGUGCUUUGUCGACAAUCUCUUUACUGCUACUUAGAUCUGUAAAAGAUGUGAAUUACCCGCAGACAGAGAAAUUAUGUAGCUACACUCUGUUAUCAAUUCAUGUAUAAUCGCUUGAGACA